AUGGCCGGUGAAUACAGCGAUGGGCCUGUUCCCUCGUCAAAUAACCGCAGCAGUAGCAGGAGAGAUGUAUUUAAUGCAUCUCGAGAUGUUGUAGGUGAUCCAGACGAUAACAGAAGAGAACUUUUCGAAGCUUGUAGAACUGGAGAUGUAAAUAAAGUUGUCAGCUUGGUUCAAAAUCGAUGGAGCGUGAACAUGAGGGACACGGCAGGAAGGAAAUCAACCCCACUCCAUUUCGCCGCAGGAUUUGGCAGGAAAGACAUUGUUGAUUUCUUAUUACAACAUGGAGCAGAUGUACAUGCUAGAGAUGAUGGUGGCCUGAUACCUUUGCACAAUGCAUGCUCUUUUGGUCAUGUUGAGGUCACUUUGCUGCUACUGCGACACAGUGCUGAUGUUAAUGCCAGGGACAAUUGGAACUACACCCCAUUGCAUGAGGCAGCAAUCAAAGGCAAAGUUGAAGUCUCUCUUGUCCUUCUUCAGCAUGGAGCAGACCCUUCAAUUCGGAACACAGAUGGCAAGACGGCUUGUGACCUUGCAGACCCAGCUGCUAAACUUGUUUUAACAGGCGAGUACAAAAAGGAUGAACUACUUGAAGCAGCAAGGUCUGGAUGUGAGGAGAAAAUGAAGCUGUUGUUGACACCAAUAAAUGUGAAUUGUCACGCAAGUGAUGGUAGAAAGCUAUCAUGUUGGACGCAAAUAUAUACAUUUGUAGCCAAGUCAACUCCGUUACAUUUGGCUGCCGGGUACAACCGUAUCAAAAUCGUCGAGAUGCUGCUAAAAAGUGGAGCCGAUGUGCACGCCAAGGACAAAGGAGGACUUGUCCCCUUGCAUAACGCUUGUUCAUAUGGACACUACGAAGUCACUGAACUGCUUGUCAAGCAUGGUGCUAGUGUGAAUGCGAUGGACCUUUGGCAGUUCACCCCCUUGCACGAGGCUGCUUCUAAGUCCAGAGUCGAAGUGUGUACGUUUUUGCUCAGUCACAAUGCGGACCCAACAGUUGUAAAUUGCCAUUCCAAAAGUGCCAUCGAUGUAGCACCAACCCAAGAGCUGAAAGAGAAGUUAUUCUUCGAAUUUCGAGGCCAUAGCUUCUUGGAUGCUGUAAAAUCGUGUGAUAUGGGAAGAGUGAAAAAAGCGUUUGCCCAAGACUUGCUGAAUUUUCAACACCCUUACACGAACAACACAAGUUUGCAUUAUUUGGCGAUGUCAGAUCACCAGAAGAGAAAAGCUGUUGUUGAGUUUUUGAUCAGAAAGGGGGCUGAUGUGAAUGCGAAAAAUAAAGAGAAAAUUACACCUCUCCAUAUGGCAGCGGAAAACGGUCAUUCGGACAUGGUAACAUUGUUUUUGAAGAACGGAGCUGAGGUGAACGCGUUGGACAACCUUGGUCAAGCCCCACUGCAUCGCAGUGCCAAGAAUGGCCAUGUUGCCAUCUGCGAAUUUUUAUUGGACAACGGAGCUGAUUCGGCUCUGAGCUCUCUCCAAGGCUACACCGCUGCACAAAUAUCCACAGAUGCUGUGAAAGCCAUUUUACAAGCCUCACAAGAGCCAACUUCAAAAGACGCAGACAAACAGAUAUUGGAAGCAGCAAAAUCUGGUGAUAUGGAUAUCCUAAAGAGCCUGGUGACGUCACAAAAUGUAAACUGCCAAGACGUUGAUGGGCGCCACUCCACUCCAUUGCAUUUUGCUGCUGGCUACAAUCGACUCAAUGUUGUCAUGUUCUUGUUGCAAAAUGGAGCCGAUGUUCACGCAAAGGACAAAGGCGGUCUGGUGCCAUUGCACAAUGCGUGUUCUUAUGGUCACUAUGAGGUAGCAGAGCUUCUUGUCAAGUAUGGUGCUAAUGUGAACGCAUCGGAUCUCUGGAAAUUCACUCCUCUUCACGAGGCCGCUGCCAAAGGAAAAUUUGACAUUUGCAAACUUCUGCUUGGGCAUGGCGCAGAUGCAAACAAGAAGAACAGAGAUGGACACACACCUUUGGAUCUUGUCAAAGAAUGCUUCCCUGACGUCAUCGAUCUACUGCGGGGUGACGCUGCGUUGCUCGAAGCUGCCAAAAAAGGAAACAUGCCAAAGGUAAUGAAACUGGUCACGAGGGACAAUAUCAAUUGUCGAGACACUCAAGGAAGGAACUCAACGCCUUUGCAUUUAGCAGCUGGAUACAAUCAUCUUGAGGUUGCGGAAUUCUUGCUGGAAAAAGGUGCCGACGUGAACGCCCAAGAUAAAGGAGGCCUAAUUCCACUUCACAAUGCAUCUUCUUAUGGGCAUGUUGACAUUGCUGCCUUGCUUAUCAAAUACAAGGGAAACGUUAACGCCACAGACAGAUGGCUGUUUACUCCCUUACACGAAGCUGCUCAGAAAGGAAGGACACAGUUAUGUGCUUUAUUGCUGACCCACGGUGCAGACGCAAACCUAAAAAAUCAGGAAGGACAUACACCAGUGGAUGUUGCAACGCAAGAUGACGUAAAGAUUCUUCUGCAAGACGCCAUGACGAGCAAAUCACAAGUGACUCAAAUCCCUGCGAGGAAAGCGGCUGCCACCCCCUCCACUGUGAAUCAACCAACCAGCCAGCCCUUGGCCGCUGCCGCAACAUCAGCGAGCAGCAACGCCGGGCAACCGUGUAUGAUGCAGCCGUCUGCUGCAAACCAAAGCCUUUUGAAAGCCAAUCCAGUUGGAGGGGCAAGUGACGCGGUGUCGGCAGUGAGGUCAAAGGUUGAGGCUGAAGGUGAAAACUCAACAGAAGUUGACAUUUUGGAGUUCCUGGCUUCUGCACAGUUGGAACAUUUGAGAGAAAUAUUUGAGAAGGAAAAAAUUACAAUGGACGUGCUUGUUGACAUGGGACAUGAGGAACUCAAAGAAGUUGGCAUUGUUGCCUACGGUCAUCGACAUAAACUGCUAAAGGCUGUUAAAGAAAGACUGGGAGUUGCAGGCUGUACAAUCGUUGGUGGUCCAUUUCCUUCUGCUAUCACUGGUGGUGGCAACGGAACGAUAUUACAAGAGCUGUCAUCUUACGAUAAAGAUUUCAUUUCUGUUUGCGAUGAAAUUCAGUCAACGAUUGUGGAGCACAAAGACGGGGGUGCCGCUGGCGGUAUUUUCAAAUCGUAUACAAUCAUAAAGGUGGAGAGGGUGAUCAACAAGAAACUGUGGGAAAGAUACGCUUUUCGACGCAGAGAAGUUGCUGAAAGCAAUCACAACAAUCCAAAUGAGAGAAUGCUCUUUCAUGGCUCGCCAUUCGUCAAUGCAAUUGUUCAAAAAGGAUUCGAUGAGCGACAUGCGUACAUUGGAGGAAUGUUUGGCGCAGGCAUAUACUUCGCAGAACACUCUAGUAAGAGCAACCAAUACGUUUAUGGGAUAGGUGGAGGAUCUGGCUGCCCGUUGCACAAAGAUCGGUCUUGCUAUGAGUGUCACAGGCAAAUCAUCCUAAGCAGAGUGACACUGGGUAAGCCCUUUUUUCAAUUCACGGCUGUAAAGAUGGCACAUGCACCACCAGGCCACCACUCUGUUAUUGGAAAGCCGAAUGCUGGAGGCCUCUCUUAUCCAGAAUAUGUUGUGUACCGGGGAGAGCAGGCAUAUCCAGAGUAUUUGAUAACAUACAAAAUAGAUAGAAUGGAAACACCAAAAGAACCAACAAGUGACUGAGGUUGAUAAAAUGAAAGUGUCUGCUUUUAAAUGUUGCUAUUACUAGGCUAUAUUACAUGUGUACAAAUUCAAGGAAAAUUUAUUAGAGGAAAUUGUAGUCAUAACUACACUAAUUUUUCAAAGUGAUAAAUAAUAAAAAAUAUGUUUGACUCAGCAUGUGAUAUCAUCAGAUUUGAUGAAUUUUGCAAUGAAAAA